AUGAAAUUAUGGCAUCAUUUGCAAAAAUUUUAUCCAAAAGAUGGAGAUUUAGUUUUGAUUUCUGAUGUUGACGAGAUACCAACAAGGAAAGGAAUGGAAUACAUGCUAGAACACCCUCCUAUUUAUUACUAUACCAUUCAUGCUGUUUAUAAUACAAUAAAUUUCAUGUACAAGACACCAGAGAAAUGGCAUAAAUCGACGCUACUACGAUACAAUUCCCAAGUAAAAGCAAAAGACUUCCAAACUUUUCGAGAUGAAGUUGUUAUCAAUCUUACAGAGCCUGUUGCAACACAUUGCACGUGUUGCUUCAACGAUCUUGAUAACUACACUAGAAAAUACAAGUCAUUUUCCCAUCAAGAAUUAAAUAGACACCCAUUUAUUAACGAAAGUUACGUUUUUCGAAGCCAUUACUGCAGAAAGUCAUAUCCUUUCGAUAUUAAACUCACACGUGAUAUGAAAAACUUUUACGAUGAAGAUCUGAUUCCUGAUGAUCCUCGUCUCGAAUUUCUGAUAAAUCCAAAGUUUAAAUUAGAUAUCAGCCGGACAAUAUACAAAGAAGAAGACUUGAAAGACCUGUGUAAUGAAGAAAACGAUUGGUGGGAAGAAAAAUUCGUCCGUUUGAAACCAAAAUAUCAAUUACAAUAA